CAAAGCUCGCCGGGAAGAUUAUCAAAAAACUUCACAAACAAGAUGCCCGAAGAAAGCGCUGUAUUUUCCAACCCUUUGGCGCCGCCAUCUGCUGGCAGUCAUCAUCACCAUCAUGGAGGACACAGCUCAGGAUCAAGCGCUGUGGAAAAUAUGACAAAUGCUGAUUUUAGGAAACUGUUGAUGACUCCUCGUUCUACCCCUAAGACUGCACCUCCUACGGUAAAGAAAAGACCAGAACUAGCUCUCAGUAAACCCAGGGAUUAUAAUGAAGAAGAAGAUCCCACGGCACAAAGAAGGAAGAAGAAAAAGUAUUAUGCUAAGCUUCACAAAAUGGAAGAAGAGAGAGAACAAGAGCUUGCACAGAAAUACAGGGAUAGGGCAAGAGAACGUCGUGAUGGACUUAAUCCUGAUUACCAAGCAACUGAUACACUAAGUGCAACAGCUAACUAUAGGGCCGUUGGACCAACUCAAGAAGAAAGUGACACAGCAGCUGAAAGAAGAAGGCUAGCAAUCCAGGAGAGUAAGUUCUUGGGUGGUGACAUGGAACAUACUCAUUUAGUGAAAGGUCUGGACUUUGCCUUGCUGCAGAAGGUUCGAAGUGAGAUCAAUGAUCUAGGGGAAGAAACAGUGGGAGAAGUGAUGAAGAAAGCUAAACACAAAGAUGGUGAUGAAGGGGAAGGUGAUGAAGAUGAAGUCCAAGAAUUCAAAACGAAACUUGGCCAAAAGAUAUACAAGGCUGUGUUUAAAGUUAAACCACCUGAGAAAAAUGAGUUAUUUCAACCAGGAAGAAUGGCCUAUGUUUUCGAGGUAGAAGAUGAAUAUGCCGAGACUGAUAUCCCCACAACAUUAAUCAGAAGCAAAGCCGAUUGUCCCGGCAUGGAGACCCAGACCACCCUUACGACAAAUGACAUAGUCAUAAACAAGCUUACCCAGAUCUUGUCAUAUCUACGACAAGGCAUGAGGAAUAACAAGAAAUUAAAGAAGAAAGACAAAGGAAAAGAAAAGGAAAAGGAACCAAAAAUAAAACCCCAAAGCAUUGAAGACAGCAUUUAUGGUGAAAUUGGAGAGUAUGAUCCCACAUUGACAACAAGGGAUUUACCUAAAAAAGAUAAACACAGGGAAAAGAGUAAAGAAAAAUCACAGGAAAAGUCAAAACACAGUGGCCGGGACCAUGACAGGAAGUCCAAGUCUGUUCAAUAUUUUGAGAAACCAAGCUCUACAGAGAAAGAGGAGUCCUUCUCUAGAAAAGAUGUCAAUGCUGCAGAAUUUGCCAAGGAUAUUUCUGAAAAGUUUAGAAAAAGGGAAAGAACAGAUAACUUGGAAAAAGGAGAGUCAAAAUCAAAAUCCAAGAAAUCCAAGCAUGAAGUUCCAGAUAGCUACAUGGAGUGUUACCCUGAUGCUGCUGGAGUAGCAUAUGAAAGUGAUGAUGAAGCUGAUUAUACCAAAAUGGAUUUGGGUAACAAGAAGGGUCCAAUCAAAAGAUGGGACUUUGAGAAUGAAGAAGACUACAAUGAAUACAUGGAAACUAGAGAAGCACUGCCAAAGGCUGCUUUUCAGUUUGGAAUUAAGAUGUCUGAAGGACGUAAAACCAGGCGCACUGGUCCAAAAGAUGAGAAGGCCAAGCUUGACAGGGACUGGCAACGUAUUAGCAGGAUGAUACAUGCACCAAAGAAGAAAGAGGAGGAUGAUCACGAAAGGAAAAGCAAGAGAUCCAAGCAUGACUAAUUUUUUUAUGAAAUUUUUUUACAGAAGUUCUUAAUUUUAUUGCUGUCAGCAUGAAAAAGACUAAGACUUACUAGAGCUGUAUGUCCAAUUUAAAUUAAACAAAUAUGCCUACUGAG